AUGGUAUAUCCCAGAGAGGAGAAGAUGGACAAGCUCAGCCAAGAGGAGAUCAUCUCCAACACCAAACUAGUGAUGCAGGGGCUGGAAGCCCUGAAGAAUGAACACAACUCGAUCUUGCACAGCCUGCUAGAGACCAUCAAGUGUCUGAAGAAGGACGAGGAAGCCAACCUAGUGCAUGAGAAGGCCAACCUGCUGCGGAAGUCAGUGGAGAUGAUUGAGCUGGGACUUGGGGAGGCUCAGGUAAGGGGCAGCCCAUUGGGGUGUCUUGGAGCGGCAUAUGGGUUCGUCAAAGUAAGUGAAAUACAGUCGUACCUUGGUUUUCGAACAGCUUAGUUCUUGAAUGUUUUGGUUCCUGAAUGCCGCAAAUCUGAAAGUGACUGUUCUGGUUUGGGAACUAUUUUUGGAAGCCGAAGCUUUUGGAAGCUUCCUGCAGCCAAUCAGAAGCUGCACUUUGGUUUCCAAAUGUUUUGGAAGUCGAACAAACUUCCAGAACGGAUUCUGUUCAACUUCCAAGGUACGACUGUAUGGGAAAUCAUUGUUUAAUAAGGUUGUCAAGUACUGUAUAUUGCCUUAGCUGGCUCUGUGAAAUCAUGCUUGCCAAACAUGUUUGGGUGUAGGCAGGACUCUGCCACUCUUAUACAGGAUAAUUGCAGCUUUGGGCAUAGAAUUCAACAUCUAUAAGCUUUUGUAGCAUUUCUUUUUUAAAAAAUGCAAGUUUCUAGCCUUUUGGUUGUCAGGAUAGGCUUGAAACUUUGUGUAAAAUUCUGAUGAAGUUGCUGAAAUCUUGACUUUGCAGGGCAGGUGUGUGUGUUUGGCUGGAUUUCUGUUCCUUGCUCAGGUGCCUUAAAGUCGAUCCUUUCUCCAUCCCAUGAUUUAGCAAAAGUGGUAACUUUUGCAAAAUAAGCCAAGUACACAUUUAUUCAGAUUUUUAUUACUCAUUCAUUAAACAUGUAUGUGCACCAGCAUAUGAAAGUCAAAGGAUCAGCUUCUAUAGAUGCAAAAUCAUAACAGUUUUAGCACAGCCCUUGGAGAUGCAAACCUGGUACUCAACUAAUCUGCGUGAAUGAUGGGGAAUGGAGAUUAGGAAUUUUUGUUCCUCUGUCCUGGGCCCUCUGUCCAGCAGCACUGCCCAUCCCUUCCUCCUUGACAAAUAAGGGACCCGAAGAGGUGGUCAGGCCCUCCACAUUUUGCUGGUCUUCAAGUCUUCCCCUGUCCCACAACCCUUUGUGUUAUCUUGGAAGACUCCAGAAUACAGCUGGGCAAGCAGCUGGUGUGGCCUGCCUGGCGUGGUUGUCUUGAAUAUGGUUCCAACUUUGUGUCUCCCCCACUCCCUUUCCUCUUACUCAUUAACCGCAGCCUUGCUUCUCCUUGGCAGCCCAUAGGUGACUUAUGGAGGCAGCUGUGGGGCCCUUAUGGCACUCCUUAAGGGGCCAUAUUCACGCCCCCCCUCAAGACCACAACUUCAUCAAAUCAUAGAACUAGUCCAAUCCCUGUAUGCAAGAACCUCAAAGCUUCCAUGACAGAUGAUCAUCCCAACUUGUUGAACCCAAGCGUUGCAUAUUUUAGUCUGAGGCAAGGACUUGGGCUAGGUGAUCCUCUGACUUAUACUUCCUGCAGGCCUUGGAAUCUCCUGUAGUAGUUUUUUUCUUUUUACUGAGACGGGGAACCUUAAGUCAGGCCAGCCGGGAGGUUUUUGGAUAGAGCAACAUGGAAACUGCCACCGAAGAGGGACCUCCCAAGGGGGCACUAUUCUUGCAAUAGGCCAGGGGUGUGGAGACUCAGGCCUGUGCCUGAGACAUGCGCCCCCUCAGGCCUCUUUAGCUGGUCCUCUGAACUGUUCAUGGCCAUAUGUUUUUGCCUGGCUAGAAUAUGUCCCUGAGCUCUGAUAAUGACUCUCUUCCCUCCCUGCCAAGCAAGAGAGGGGGAUAUGUAUUGGUGGGUGGGCGUGUUUAGAAACUAGCAUGCUGUACAAAGGUAACAUUUACGUUCAUUGCUCCACCCACUUUUGCCUCUGGCUCCGCCUACCACUGUUAAUGUGCCCCCUGCCCCCAUCACCCAAAGGUUACCCUGAAGGAAACGCAGCCCUUCAGGGUCAAGAAAGGUUUUCCCACCUCUGCGUUAGGCAACGGCGAACGUCUCUUCUUGCUUCCCUUGGGCCAGGUGAUGAUGGCUUUGUCAAACCACCUGAACGCAGUGGAAUCCGAGAAGCAGAAGCUGCGGGCCCAGGUGCGCCGGCUGUGCCAGGAGAACCAGUGGCUGCGGGACGAGUUGGCAAACACCCAGCAGAAGCUGCAGCGCAGUGAGCAAACGGUGGCGCAGCUCGAGGAGGAAAAGAAGCACCUGGAGUUCAUGAACCAGCUGAAGAAAUACGAUGAAGAUGUGUCCCCAUCGGUGAGCACCCAGAACAUUUUGGAGUGGGGGAAGAUGCCUGUGUCUUGACAUGGAGCUCUUUCUGCUUGAAAGUCUAGUAGUGAUGGUCUUUCCAAGAGGUCCUGAUAGAGCAUCUAGCAAUUUGAGUUUGUCUGGGUGGAUGAGAUAGACACGGCUCACCCCAGCUACAGUAACUGGGUUGGUCUUCUCUUGCUGGGGAAGAGAACCUUUGAAUGGGCUUGGUUGGUUAAGCUUAAGCUUAACUACUUAAGCGAAAUAUUAAGCACUCAUGCUCUCCUUUCCCCCUUUUUCUUUGUUUCUUCCCCCCCCCCAUCAAUGUCCCAGGAGGAGAAAGAAGGCGAUUCCACAAAAGAUUCCUUGGAUGACUUGUUUCCAAAUGAGGAAGAGGACCAGGGCCAAGGGUGUAGGUUGCAUUCCUUCCUUAUUUUAUUAUUCAUUUAUUUAACCAGCAGGAUUUGCAUACCACUUCCUCAUCAAAACCAUUAAGCAGUUUGCAUAAGAUGAUAUAAAAUUUACAUUAAGAUAAGGUCUUUAAAAACAAGCUUUCAAAAUGUAAGUAAAGUCAGCAGUUUGUUUGUUUUUUUAAAAAAUACGCAUAAUAGAAUAAAAUCACAUGUUAAAACACAUGUCAAAAUUCCAUGUGUCUGGGUAUGCUUGCCCUAAGCCAGCCUGUCUCAACCUGUGGGUCCCCAGAUGUUGUUGAACUACAACUCCCAUCACCCCUAGCUAGCAAGGCCAGAGCUCAGGGAUGAUGGGAGUUGUAGUCCAACAACAUCUGGGGACCCACAGGAUGAGAACUGCUGCCUAAGCGAAGAGGUUUUUUGCAGACAGUAUGGCAAAGGUGCCUGUCUAAUAUCAAUGGGCGGGGAGUUCCUGGGUGUAUAAUUCCUUGCAAGUGCAGAACAAGCAUCAUGUGGCACUUAUCAAAGUGCUCAUUCUGCAGAUCAAAGCGGUAACUGGGGUAACUGUGUGCAGAGGACAGAUGAAAGGAAGAGUCAUAAAGCUACCUUUUUGGACCUAUCUUCCAGCGGCUGUUGUGUCUCAUUUGAGAGGGAGUGCUAGCCAGUAGGAAUGGGCCAUAGCCCCCAUGGCAUUGCGAGCUGCCUCCUCUGUCCUCGAUUAAUGCGCUCUUAUGUUUGCAGUGCCUCAUCCGCACAGUAGUGCAGCGGCAGCCGCCCAGCAAGGCGGCUACGAGAUCCCAGCACGCCUGCGCACACUCCACAACCUGGUGAUCCAGUACGCUUCCCAGGGACGCUACGAAGUGGCUGUUCCCCUCUGCAAGCAGGCGCUGGAGGACUUGGAGAAGACUUCGGGCCAUGACCACCCUGACGUGGCCACUAUGCUGAACAUCUUGGCCUUAGUAUACAGGUGAGAGGAGGAGGGGAAUGGCGGACACUCACUUCUUUUUAAUAAUAAUUUUUAUUAGUUUUCAAUUACAACAAUCCAAUAAUAGCCUCGUUAUAACAAUGCCAAAUUAUAAUACAAUUAUUAAUACCAAUCAUUCAGAUGCCAAAUUAUAUAAUUUAGGCGGGCCCCACGUGCUAGGAUUGAUGGUUUGAUGAUUUACUUUAUUUCUGCAUUCCAAAAUCUUACUAAUUUCAAUUACACACCAGUCAAAAUAACAAUCCCUUAUACAACAACUGCUAUUUUAACGAUUUCCAUUUGUAUUGACACAUUAAAUGAUUUAUAAACUUACAGGUGAAGCAUUCAAACUAUAUCCUUGACCUUCCUGUGUGUGGCAAUUAUUCUGUCUGUGAUGUUUCUUCCUGUCCUUGUAAAAUGUUAUGUCUAUCUUUUCCCUGUUGUUGCUGUUCUCCAUCAUGCCUUGGACAGAGCUAGUAUCCCAUUGUUGUUUCAGAAGUUCUCCAUUGCACCACCCCGUGCUUCAUUGUUUUGCAACUUUAACAGCAGCUGCAAAAAUCGCACUGUCCCAAUAAAUAUCCUGUUUUCGCCAUUUUUCUCUCAGCCUGGGAAGGAGAGCGAUCUUUCGAGCUUCAAAUAACUCAGUAAUGAACCUUAUCAACUCCGGCAGACACUCACUCACUUUGGAAGGAACAGGGCUUUCUUGGUUUUUCCCCUUGUGUGACUACGGAACAGUUGUCUGGGACAGUGAAACUCAGUGCUUUGAAUUUAACUGUGGAAAGUUGUGUGGCGAAGGAGGAAGGACCUCCCUGGGUCUUGUGUGAUACAAUCUCUGUCCCUCCAGUAUUGCUCACUAUGUGCCUCACUUUGUGCUGCAGGGAUCAGAACAAAUACAAGGAGGCAGCUCACCUUCUGAACGAUGCACUGUCCAUCAGGGAGAAGACACUUGGCAAGGACCACCCUGCAGUAAGUAGCCGUUUCCCUGGACUUUGAUGAGAAGGAAGUUCUGGGCAGUGGGGAGUUGUAAGCCAGUCAUGUGGCCAAGGGGACUUGCAGGAGUGUCACGUUACAUGGUCAGCUGACCCUUCGGAAGGGUUUGGUGCCAAGUCAGGGCUAGAUGACUCAAAAGGGGGUUCUUUUUGCUGCAAAAGCUAAACAAGGAGUUCAAGGUGAGCGAGUUAGUCCCUGAACUAGGCCAUUCUGCUGUAAAAAUCUUGGACCAUUUUUGCCAUGGAUGGUUGCAAGAUAGUGGUGCUUAAAGGUAUCUUGCUUGAUAGGUCUUUCUUUCUUUCUUUCUUUCUUUCUUUCUUUCUUUCUUUCUUUCUUUCUUUCUUUCUAUAGUUCUUCCAUGGCUUUAAUGUUAGGUCUGCUUAUGUUUCUCUACAGGUUGCAGCAACCCUGAAUAACUUGGCUGUUCUCUACGGCAAAAGGGGGAAAUACAAGGAGGCAGAACCAUUAUGCAAGCGAGCACUGGAAAUCCGUGAAAAGGUAAAUUCCCUCCCCCCUGGAGAAGAAAGGGCCAGGGUGUCAAGACAACCAGCCGGGGGGCCUCUGCAACCCUCUUCAAUGCUACUCAGGAAAGGGGAGCAUGUGUGUUAGAUAGGAAGUUUCCUGAGUCAGUCUAGAAUGGUCUGUCUAGCUUAGUAUUGUCUGCACUGACUGGCAGCAUCUCUCCAGGGUUUCAUGCAGGCAUCUUUCCCUGCCCUACCUGGAGAUGCCAGGGGUUGAAACUGGCACCUUCUGCAUGCAAAAUGUGGAUCCAUGUGGAUUCAGAGCAAUGCCUAGGGAGGGGCAGGUGUCAAAUACGAUGCAGAAGGAGCUAUUUCUGCCAGAGCUGAAGCUCCAAAUGACUUUCCACUCCCCGCCCCCCCAAAGUAAAAGGAUCCUGCCAUAUUCCCAGAUUUGCUUCUUUUCUUCCUAACUAGCCUUUUCUGUUUGUUUGCCUCCUUUUCAGGUUCUAGGCAAAGAUCAUCCGGAUGUGGCCAAACAGUUAAAUAACUUGGCUUUGCUAUGCCAGAAUCAGGGAAAGUAUGAAGAGGUAGAAUAUUACUACUGUCGGGCGCUGGAGAUAUAUGAGUCGCGCCUGGGGCCUGACGACCCAAAUGUGGCCAAAACAAAGAACAAUUUGGUGAGUCCACUGGGUGGUGAAAAGGGGGUGGGGGUGGGUAUCGCGCAUGAGGAUCGGUGGCUGCCUGUGCUGCAUUUUUAAGAUUGUCAUUCCUGUCCUCUGUCCCAGGCCUCCUGUUACCUGAAACAAGGCAAAUAUAAGGAAGCAGAGGUCCUCUACAAGGAGAUCCUCACCCGGGCCCAUGUGAAGGAAUUUGGCUCUGUGGAUGGUACGGACAGCGAAGAGCGAGGAGGGCUUGGUGGGGGUGUGCAGGCCAGUGGUGUAUCGUGGGUUGCCCGUGCCCAGGACCACACUGUGGGAGGAAAGGAGUGCGCAUGCGCAUUCAACUGCCAAACGGCGUCUGCGUCACCCAGGAAAUCGCAGCCAUGGAGAUAAGAAAAGAGUCAUUCCGUUGUCUGGAAGAGGUCACUUCCUGGUUUAUAGGUAGAAACCAUUUUCAAAGGAGCCCAGUGCCAGAAGUGCACAGCUGUAUUGAGGCAGCACCUGGUGUUGAAAUUUUGCACCCCUAACAAGUUUGUGCCCAGGGCAGCCGCCCUUGUGCCCGCCCCCCAAACACCACUGGUGCAGGCUGGAGCCUAGGUGCCUAUCUCCUUCUCCAACAGUACUCUUUGAAUUACCUAUUUCUUUUCAUGGCCCGGCUGACAAAAACUAUUUCCUCCAAAGAAAAUAAGCAAACAGAUCCAAAAAUUUAAGCUUCUUCCUUUCUCGACUGUACCAUGGGAAAGAGUAGCAUUCCUUAUGAAAUAUCAACAGGGUGUUUUGUUUUGUUUUGUUUUGUUUUGUUUUGUUUUGUUUUGUUUUGUUUUGUUUUGUUUUUGUUUUAACCAGAUUUGUAUUUUAUCCUGCAGACGAGCACAAGCCGAUAUGGAUGCAUGCAGAAGAAAGAGAGGAGAUGAGCAAGGUGAGUGCGAGAACAUUUAUUCUGGUGGGUGAGAGCAGGCACACAGCACACACCUGAGUUUUUCUUGUUCACCUGUCCUGCAUUGGGAAGAGCUCCAGAAAUGGCAGCAUCCUCUCUUUGCCUUAGAGUGGAUCUCUGAUGGUGCCAAACCUGCUGACUGGUAGCUGCAGCGGAGGGCUGAAUACCUUAGUGCAGCAGUAUUUUGUUGGGUUGUAGUGUGUUAAUGUGUCAUGGGGGGCAGUAGGGACGAGGGGUUGCUACUCAGACUGCAUAGAAACUUUCUGGGGCAGGAGUUGAAAUUGAUUGCCCUGUUUUUCCUGUGCCUUGCAUGUUUUCUCUUUAUUAUAGUGCACUCCUUAGGACGAACUGGAGAGUGGAAGAUGAAGGGAUUUCAGCAGGUUUCUGGGCCACAGACUGCAGAACCAGAAUGUUUUUAGAAAAAUAAAUCUCAAGCCUCAGAAUUGGGUCAUUUGGAAAGCUCAGUUGACUGAUCAGGAAAAAAUAGCUCCUUCAGCCCCAAGGCUUAAGAGAAGGGUAAUAGGAAGACACUAUAGUCUUCUGCACCAUCACCUUCUGCUUUAGAUUUCCCAGUCUUAGAAACCAUGAUAUGUGGGGGAACCCCUGCCUAUUAGAGCUACAGCAAGCCCAAGAUACUUAGGAGACAUGUUCCAGCCCAUGGUGCAGUGAGCAAUGGCUCAUGGCUCCUUUGGAAACAGAUAAAUUGCAAAGACUUCACAUACUUCUGAAACAUUCUGGGCUAAGGUGCUGAGCACAGCACAGAACUUCACAAGCAGGAAUAUAAAAGCUCCAGCACACUUUCCAUGCUGGAAUUCAGUUGAGCGGAACCCACCUGGUUUUCUUUUUCUCAAUUUCUCUCCCAUUUUUACAAAUCUUACCUGAUGGCUGAUGCCUGCUUUAAUGUCUCAGGCUGUUUCCCUUGAACAUGGGCCAUGUCACUACAAGAAAUAAGUAGGGUAUUGGCACUCUUAUCACUACCAGGCUUGCCAAAUGCCCUCCUGUGGAAUAGAUGGUUUAGAAUGAGUGAGAUGGGUGCCUGUUUCUCAGGUUCUGAGCCAGCCUUUCUUCGCUGAAGAAUUUUUGCUGCUCUUGCUGGAUGAUCUCGGAGUCAAGUCAGAGAACUGUGUGUUUAUGUGCUGCCUUGAAUAUUGUUGGCUAACAAAAUCUGACCCUGCUAUGAUAUGAUCUCAUGUCAGGAAGUGGCUGAAAUCAAGAGCCACUUGAAACAAAUUUUCCUCUGGAAAAAACCAGCUGGGCGUCUUUUAAUUGGAUUUCACCUGGAUCAUGGGCUCAAAUGAGUCAGCUGGUUAAAUGAGAGACUUCAUACAUACUUCUUGAGGCAAAACUCCCUCUUCUGUCAACCAGGAUCUUUAUCAAGAAGCUAAGAGUACUGAUUUAGGUCCUCUUCAUUGCCCUAUCAGCAAUCUGUCUGCCGAUCCUUUUAAUCCUAUGUAAUUUUGUUUCCACCAACCUUCUCUGUUUCUCAUCACAUGCUUGAAAAAACACUGCGAUGCAACACCUCUCUGUCAAGUACUUGUGAACAUGAUUUAAAUAUUUCAUGCAUUCUUCAGUUCCAGGCAGGAAGCAAAUGAGGGGGGCAGGUUUUGUUCCCAAACCUGGAGCCGUGGUACUCUAAUCCCACCUGACUCUUUCCUGCAUGGUCUUCCUUCAGUGGACUGCCCUUUCACUACUGUGGCUACUUUGGCCUCCUCUAGCAGAGUUUCACUCCAGCACAUUGAGCAGGGAGCAGCUGGAAAAAGGUGGAGCAAUAAGGCUCAGACCAUUUCCCCUCCCAGUUCCUUAAUGCAGCAAGCAUCUAGUUAAGUUAGUCACUAAGGCCCAGUUCACACUUGAAGCAUUAUUGUGACUAGGGAGCUUCCUAUUGGUUCAUCUGUUUUCUAGUCUGAUGGGCAAUGGCUCUCCAUCAUCUCAUAGGAUCAUAGGAUGCUGCCUUAUUCUGGGUCAGACAUUGGGUGCAUCUAGCUCUGUAUUGUCUCUCCAGGGUUUCAGACAGGGAAUCUUCCAAGCCCGACCUGGAGAUGUCAGCAAUUGAAACCUGGGCCUUCUGCAGGUGAAUGAAGUGCUCCAUCACUGAGGUCUUUCCCAUCACCUGCUACUUGCUCCUUUUUACUAGAGGUUCCAGCAUUGAAUGUGGAGCCUUCUGCAGGCAAAGGAUAUGCUCUUGUCACUGAGCUGGGGUCUGUCCCCAAGUAGGAAUGAAAAGUGUAAAUACAAUAAAGCUGAUUGUGGACACCCAUGUGAACUGUGACUGAUAGAGACUUCCUGGUACAUGCCCACCAUGUGGCCCUGCGUGCUUGCAAGCACACCUCUCCGCACAUUGCAGUACUCGGCAUUACAAUUAGAGGUCUGUAAGUAGCAAACUCAUUGCCUCUUAAAAAGAGUGAUAAUUGGAAGACACCAAGUGGGUCAGUCUCUGCUGAAACGGACAGAAAAGGGAGAUGUCUAAAGGUUCUGUAGUUUGUGGGAACAUAGGAAGCUGCCUUAUACAGAAUCAGACCCUUGGUCCUCCAGGGUUGCAUACAGGGGACACUCGCAGCCUUACUUAGAGAUGUUGGGGAUUGAACUUGAGACCUUUUGCAUGCAAAGCAGAUCUUCUGCCACAGAGCUACAGCUCUUUAAACCAUCUGUAUAUCUAAACAGCUACCAACAUUCAUCUUUCUAGGGAAAACUAUCUGAAUAAUACUGAGUAUUUCAGAAGUGUCUCCCAGCCCAUAUAUGUUCAAAGUUAUACAUGCCAUCACAGGAAUCACCAACCUUUCUGGGUAGGUCAACACAGUAUCCCCAAAGCAGGCGGGGGGCAGGGGGGGGGGAAGAGAAGCAGAUUGAGGAGGGGCAGUCAAGAGUAAGUCAGUGGCUGACUUGGGGAUGGUCAGUGACCUGGGGACUUCCCAGCUAAGAACUUUUAUCUUAACAGCUAAGCUAAAUAAGAUUUUCUUUGAAUGCAGAAGUGAACUGGAGCUUUCCAGAAUGGCAAAACAGAGGAUUUUUGCAACCAAUGCAGAGGAGUGAGAUCAUAUGUUGUUGUUGGACUAAGCAGCUCCUCUUCAGUAAUGUACUUGGUUUCCAUUCUCCAUGAUGUCAUCUUCUACUGGCAUUCUCGGUUUCUUUGCCAUGCUAUUAAAAAGCAUUAAACCCAUCUUGCUAGAGCAUUCCUUCCUCCCCCCACUUUCCUUUUGUCAUAUUUUUAUCCACGUAACAUAGCUUCAUCCAUACAGAUCAGCCUCGUAAAUGUUUUCUCAAAACAGGCUUCCUCGAACACAGUGGGAUUUGCUCUCAAGUGAAUGUGCAUAGAAUGGCAGCCAUGGCCAUCUUCCUGUGGAUGGACUUGGGGCACCUUUUCGCAGUGCAUGCUGUACAUGCUGACCCUGGGAGGUGGGAAUAGAUAGACAAUCUUCAUUGUACUACUAAGGGAACACUCCUAAGGAACAGGCUAAGGUAGGGGUGGGAAACUAUGGCCAUCAAGAUGUUAUUGAACGCCUGCUCUCAUCAAUCUAAAGCGCCAUGGCCAGUGGUCAAGGAUGAUGGGAAUUGUAGUCCAACAACAUUGGAGGGUCACAGGUUUCCCAUUUGUGGGGCAGCCCCUGGGUAGGAACAACUAAAUUCAUAUUGCCCUUUAAAACAAAAACAAAAGCUUUCUGUUCCGAAAGGGAACAGAAUUCUAUGGGGCAGAAAGAUGGUCCUUUUUACAAAGAGAUAUCUCAGUGCCAUCUCAAAGGUUUUCAGUGCAAAUUAAGACUUUUAAGCCCCGUUAAAUGGAUGAGGGUGACUCUCAGCUUCGUAUAGGUAAGCUCAUAAGUUUGGAACUCUUCUUGCUGGGCAGAAGUUUUCAGCCAAACUGAUGACUCCGACCCCUGACCCCACAUCCUGUGACAAUGCCUCUUGCGAUCCUUACCUACAAAAUGCCCUAAUGGGCCGUUCUUGGAUGCUAAGUCUGCCAGUUCUUCGUACAGAAUGAUGCAGCUAUGUGGGGCACUAGUGUCCAUCGGAGCUACUGUGAUUGAAGUAGAUCAGAGGUGCCUGAGAGAUCCAGCGCAGUUUAUAUGGAAAACCUGUGGGAGCCUGUGUUAGAGGUUAAUAGCCAUUGAUGGUCUCCUGCUACCCCAGACUGCCGUCUUCUGAACGUCAUUGGAGGGCCAAAGGUCUGAAUUGAAUACCUUCUUAAGAAGGUCAGAAGCAGAGUCCUCACCCUUCGCAACAGCAGUAAUGCAGCUCCCCAUAGCAACCUAAUUGCGAUUUUUAGACUUGGGUGAAACGCAGCACAAUUAAAACCCUGUUCUGGGCAUCCUGUUUGUCUCCGUAAUGAAGAGCCCACAUUUUGAAUAGCCCUACUGAGGACUACCAAGUCCUCUUGCUUUGGCCUGGUAACACAGUGCUUGAAACAGGAUCACCCAGCCUUGCUGGAAUGGAGCCCUGGCAUGCAUUAACCUACUUCCCCCCACAAAUUCAGCGCUUAAACCCUUGUCGGCAUUAGCCUGAGGCAUGACCGUCUAGGAAUCCCCCAGAUAGCAGGCCUGCCAGGGAAUUUUCUGGAGGAGCAAGUCCUCCUCCAAAGUGAUUUAAAAAUAACUUCUUCUUUUUUUAAACAACAGGAAGUUUUUCUAAGCCUAGGGAACCUAAUGCCUGAAUCGGCCUACUGUUCCUUGGCUGACUCCCCCAGAAAAAUGGUUAAAAAUAAAAUAAAACGGUUGGGCACAGUUCCGGUGGGAAGUUGUUAGAAGACAGGAAUUUUGUUCCUGGGAGAGGGAGCGGACCAGACAAAGUGGCUUUCAGUUUCUGGCCACACAUUCAAGUAGCGCUUUGAGGAACUGUUAGAGUUGGAGACAGUCGAUCAGGCCUUGCCUAGCCGAAUCCCUUGCUCCGUUCAGGAAAUUCAGAAACUGGAAUAUCCAUCUGAAAGGGAGAGGGCACACACACACACACGUAAUUGGAACUGUACUUACCUACAAGAAGCGUCUCUUAACGUCAAAUCCGAAUCUCCCCCUCCUGUAACUUUCAGCCCAUCGGAUCUAGCCAGCCCUGCCUUCCGGGGCAGCAGAUAACAAGUCUUUGCCCACUUCAGGUAUUUGAAGAGAAAUGUGAGACUGGCUCUUCUGCUUAAUAAGGAUUUUAGUCGCUUGUUAAAGGAAUUAACUUUUAUUAAGCUCUUACACUACCUUUUACUGUGACUGCAUCUUUAUGUACUUAGGCUUGUGUCCUUGUUUGCAGACCCGUGAACUCCAAAGUCCCAGGGAUUGCAUCACCAUUUCAUCUCUUGGCUGAAACAGAUAUUUGCUUAACAAUACGUUUUUCUAUGCAUAAGCUGGGGCAGCCAUCUCCCCUUUUUAAAAAAAUGUAGCAAGACCUGUGCUACAGCUGAAGCCUGUAAUAGACCAGCAAGCUCACUAAUUUUUAUUUUUUAAUGGUCAAAGUUGCCUUUGGUAUCUUUGCAGAGUUGCCUUAAUCACAUACUUGAGUCUUCCCAGAAUCUGUUAUCUCAUUCUCCGGUUUUUAGGGGACAGUGGUGUCAUUCUAAAUCCGGAAGUGCGGAACCUUUGGCCCUUCAAAAUGUUGCUGAACUACAAUUCCCAUCAUCCCUGGCCACUGGACAGUGUUGCUGGGGCUGAUGAGAGUUGUAGUCCAGGCAGGCCAAAGGUUCUUCACACCUGUUCUAAAUGGUCGUGGUCUAUAUGUAUGUAGUCUCAAAGCACACCAAUAUUGGAGCCUACAUGGCGGCAAGGUAACUGGGACCAAACAAACUUAUAUCUUUUUAUCCCUGCUAGGCACGCAAGCAGAGGCAAACAAACCAGCCAUGGUCUUUUGUGCACCGAUGCUUUGACUAUUCUAACAAAGUCUUCUCUUUUUUCUCUCCUCCCCCCCCUCCCCAAUUCCUCUUUCCAGAGCAAGCACAGAGAAAACAUUGCAUAUGCAGAGUAUGGUGGCUGGUACAAGGCAUGCAAGGUCAGCAGGUAAGUUGCUUUCAGGAGUUCUUUAUUACUUGUUAUUUCAGCUAUUAGUUAAUAUGCCACUUACUUGCCAAGGUGGCUUCUAAGUGAUUUAAAAGUAUUAAGCUUAAUUAUAGAUAAAUAAACACACAUAACUAAAGAGCACAAUAAGACAAUUUCAUCAAAAUAUUUAAUAUGUAUUAAUCCCCAAUGAAAAUGUACAGGUCCAUUGAAACAAUACAACAAUAAAACAGCAAUUGAAACAGGAGGUCCCUUGUUUAGAGAGGAGCCAGUGAUACGCCAAUACUGAUGGGGCUUCAUAUUUUAUCGGGAAGAGUUUUCCACAACACUGGUUCCACCAGUGAAAAAACCCCGUCCUUCCGUGACUCAAAGGGUUGAAUUGAAUUGUUGCCCAAGUGCUCCUGUAACAGCUUUUGAUCCAGUGGGCGGCUUUACUAAUGGAAGCUUAUUAUUUUCCAGUCGUGUCCCCCCCACCUUCAGAGCACCUCCUUCCUUGAAAAUUGGCUCCAGAAAGUUUGGGGGAUACAGCAGGAAGAGCAAAUCGGCAAAAGUCACUUCUCCUUUUCCUUUAGCAGAAGUAUCCACUGGAUCCAAAAGCCUCCUGUAGUUUCAGAUCCCACCCAAUUUAUUUAUUUUUAGCUUUCAACUUCUUCUAUUAAUAUGAAUAUGCCCAUUUAGGGCCUAAUAGCAAGGGGCAAGUACCUCUUUCCUUGUGUAGCAGUUUUCUGUGUAAUUGCUGGGUAGUACAGUGGUACCUCGGGUUACAUACGCUUCAGGUUACAGACUCCGCUAACCCAGAAAUAGUACCUCAGGUUAAGAACUUUGCUUCAGGAUGAGAACAGAAAUUGUGCUCCGGCAACGUGGCAGCAGCAGGUGGUCCCAUUAGCUAAAGUGGUGCUUCAGGUUAAGAACAGUUUCAGGUUAAGAACGGACCUCCAGAACGAAAUAAGUACUUAACCCGAGGUAGCACUGUAACUGUUCAGCUAAGCAGUCUCAGUGUCAUGGGAAGUGGGAGGUGUGUAGACAAGGGCGGCUCAGUGUUCAAGGUAUUGCCAUAGUAAGCAAGGUCUGCUGGCUUCAGUGUUUCCCUUUCUCCUUAGCCCCACAGUGAACACCACUCUGCGAAACCUGGGCGCACUGUACAGGCGUCAAGGCAAGCUGGAGGCUGCGGAAACGCUGGAAGAGUGUGCAGUGCGAUCCCGGAGACAGGUAAGGCCAACACCACCCCACGAACAACUUCUUGCGUAAAGGGAACUCUAGGGAGAAGAAAGCAAGAGUUGAGUGUUUCAUCUGAUUUUUAGAUUUGCCAGGCAAUUUAAGGGUUAUACGGUGGAGCCUAAACCACUGGCUGUCAUCAAAUAUGUAAAAUGCCCUUAUAAAGUUCCCUGCUGGUGUUGAUUGAGAAGGUGUGGCCAGUUGUUUGUCAGUGUGGCUUUUCCUAGAAAGUUGCAGCUCGAUAUGUUUUUUUUCAGGAUCCUUCCACUUCAUCAGCAAAAGAAAUCGCAGCAGGCUAUAGAUUCCGGCCGAAAUAAUUUCCUUGACAUUCUCUGGGUUCAGGCAAUAAAAUCUUGUCUUAUUAAGCUGCAGUAUGAAUGAGCUUCAUGCAAUUGUAAGCAGCUGCUUUGCUUCCUUACAGGAAAGCAAAUCGGGUAAUUGUAAUUAUCCAUAAUUUCCCUUUAUGUCUGUACAGGAAACUAUGGUUAAUGGCUUCCAAAACCAAGCCAGAACAUGAAGCUACGGUUCAUGGCUUUACAACGUUGGCUUGUUGGGAAGCCAUUAGCCAUAGUUCCCAGUUUGGACGUAAUGGGAAGCUAACUGUGGCAUCCUGACUUGACGAAGGAGUAGAACAGCUGUGUGCGGGUGCACACAGCUCAUUCAUAUCUCAGUCCAAGAUUUGAUUGCAUAAAUGCAUUGAUUGCCUGUCAAGUGCUUGAUGACUCCUUUGGAAAAGUUCUGCUUAAUCAGAAAAUGAGCUUUAGAUGAUUAAUGUAGAUCUGUCCAGCUGGUUGGACUGCAAUGAAUUUAUAUAGAAUUGUGCCCAGGCCAUAUAGUUGCUCGAAGGCAUGAAAUGGAAGAGUUUCAGGAACACUCCUUGUAUGUAUGUUUAUUUUUACCCCGGUUUACUUUGGAUGUUCUUGAUGGUCUCAUCUUGAUGUCCUAGUCAUUUGUUGCCAGGAGCUGAACUAAGCUCAGUGUGUUUCACAACUGGAUCAUUUAGAUGACUGUGGAAUUCAGCAUCUGGAGAACAUUUGGCUUCAUUUUUUUUUUAAGGCAAGUUUUUUAGCCGUUAUGGCAGGCAUAGGCAAACUCCGGCCCUCCAGAUGUUUGGUACAACAAUUCCCAUGAUCCCUGACCAUUGGUCCUGUUAGCUAGGGAUGAUGGGAAUUGUAGUCCCAAACAUCUGGAGGGCCAAAGUUUGCCUAUGCUUGCAUUAUGGCUAUGGAAGUGUGGGCAAUGUCUGGUGAAGCUUAUGUAGUGAUGGAGGAAGAGGGUUUUGUUACUGUCCCAUUACUCCAUGCCCCACCCCCGAAUAACAAAAGUUGGGGGGGGCAGAUGUGUUGGGCAAAUAUAUGCAUAUAUUAAAAAUGUGUAUGCAAUCCAUACAAGCCGUGCAACAGCCAUGUUCACGAAACCAAAUCUCAGCUUAGCUUCCUGGGGGAAACAGUAGAAGAAAGCUGUUUCCCUCUUCUCCUGCUUGUGGGUUUUCCAGGGAUAUCUGUUUGGUCACGAUAGGAGAUAAGAUUGGACUUCAGGGUCACCUAACAUUUUGGGCCCCCAGGCACAUUUGCAAACCAGAGCAACAGUCAUGGGUACAUAUUCUGUUAGCUGCAAUAGAAUUUCAGUGAGUGGAAGGACUGGGGAGCAGACCUUGGGGGCACCCGAGAAACCCUGUGCGGGCACAUGGGUGCCUGCAAGCGCCAUGUAGGCGAUCUCGUGAGCUUUGGUCUGAUCCAGGAGGACUGUUUUUGUAUGUUCCUAGAAAGUCAAUAUAUACAGAAGGCGCAUGAAGCCAGUUUUGCUCCUCCUCUGUUCCUCCUCUUCCCCUCCCUUCACACAAGCCAACGAGCAAGCCAGAAAGCCUUAGUCAGCUAUAGCUUCCCAGUACAUCUAAACCGAGGUGGGAGAUGGGGUUGUAUUCAGCAUAGCACUAAGUAGAUAGCUCGAAAGCUGCAAGGAUUUCUGCUUGUGCAAUGGAACUUUAGCCAUCUCAUUCCCCUGCAUCUCUUUAAGUGCCCUAAAUCUGUUCUAGGGGUUCCCCCAGUACUCUGAAGCAGAUUUUGGGUGGGAUGCAUGAUGCACCAGAAGAAGGAGAUGCAGAGGGGAGAAGAAUCCUGCAGUGGUAGCAGUAAUCCUUGCAAUGACGGGAUAGUUUAGUUGAAGACUACUCAUGAUUAGUGUCUUCCAAACAAGCCAGAAUAUGAAGCCAUAAUUUAAAGUUAAAUUAAUACCCCAACUUGUGUUGAAGCCAUUAACCAUCGUUUCCUAGUUCAGAUGUUAGCUGAAAAGUUGGGUUGCUCACUCACGUGAAGGGAGGAGCGAAGUGGGAAUAAAGGGGCAUAUUUUGGCUUAGGAAGCUAAGAUCUGAUUCUGCAAAUGUGGCCGGUGUGUUGGUGCAGAACUUGGCAUGCGUACAAUGGUGGGAUCCAGGAAGCGAAAGGGCAACUCUGUAGUCUUUCCAAUCUCCUUCCUGAACACCUUCCUGUCUCCACCCAAAAUCGCCACCAGAAAAAAAUAAACACACAUGACCUUUUGGCGUUUUAAUGGCCAGGAAGCAAGGAAGUGUUUUACAUCUCUAGGAAACGUUUGAGGGGCUCUGUGCUUCCCUUGCCCACCCCCAACCCUCCUUGUCUCUUUGUUUUGUGCUUGUCCCCUUGCAGGGCAUUGACCCCAUUAACCAGACCAAGGUGGUAGAGAUUCUGAAAGAGGGCGACGGCUCCGAGAGGCGGAGGAGCCGAGACAGCCUGGGGGGCAGCGUCAAGUAUGAGAGCGCCACAGAUGGUAGCGAGGAAGUGAGUAUGGGCGUGGAAUGGAACGGGGUAAGUACAAGUCCACUAUCAAGACCCGCCUAGCCCGGCCGAGAGAGGCAGAGGGCAGCAAACUCUACCCAGAGCUGUUCUUUCUUUUUUGUCCGCCAAUUGCUGCCCCUGCCAUCUCGGGGAGCUGAUGGCCUGUCGUGGCAUGCCCACCUCCAUCCAUCCUCUUGCAUGCUCCCUGCCCGCUCCUCUUAAUUGCUGGGUAGCCAGACUCAGGAAGGGAGCUCUUUCCAUCUUGGUUCUCCCCACUCAACUCGGAACUUAGUAUCUCCCGUCCCCCCAGUUUCUUUAGGUGGGGGAGUGGGCGGAAGUAAGAGCAGAAGCCACUGAUCGUAGGUGCUUUGAUCUCCUCUACUAACAUCCCACAGUGCUGCUCACCCCUGAUCUGUUGCAGGGACAAGGGGCGGGGAGGGAAAGAAGGUUGUUUUGCUUCCCAGGAGAUAACUUCGCUCUCAGAGGGAAGCGCGUAAAGGGCUUUGUUUCGCUUAGGAUCCUAGGCCUGCUGCUCUCCAGGAAAAUGGAUGUUUAUGGGGUUGUGUGUGUGUGUGUGUGUGUGUGUGUGUGUGUGUGUGUGUGUGUGUUUUCAGCAUCUGAAGGGCAUGCCAAGAGGCACUGGAAUGAAUGUGUGAAGACUCAAAGGCAUGAGUAUGAGCUAGAGCAGGUAACCUCCUUCUCUGCCCUCCUCCUCCUUUGUUGACCCCUGGAUUGGUCUUUUAUCAACAAGAGGAUUUAGCUUCUUCCUAUAUGCAGCCUGUUUCCUAGCAGAGUGCUUGGGAGCCUUGGGACUGGGCGGACUGGUGGGACAUUGUCUCUGGCGAGUAGCAGGAUCCUAAGAGAUUUCAGGUAGUGGCAACAUUACUAUGUCCAUGUAACAAGUGAGUUUUGGUGGAAGAAUUGACGAAAAGCAUCUUGACUCUGCCUGGUUUUGGUUUUGGGUUUCUCCCCUCGAAGACUGGUUCUUAGACCUGUUGUCUUUCCUCGGCUUGGCGAGAAGUGCAUUUCGUACCCACUCCGAGUUGGGGAAGGAGUGUGAGGAUGCGUAGCUUGUCUCGAUGCAGCCUUUAAGCAUGUUUGUUCCUUUGGGGUUCUCCAUCAGAUGCAGCUAGCAGCAAGGACUUUGACCUAGAUAAAGGAUGAGGAGGGACUUACCGACCCAUUGUUUUAAUGCUUUGGUUACAUUUAACUUGCACUCUCUCCAUCGCUCACUAACUCUCCAUCCUCUCUGCAGCUGCUCGCUUGCUUGCAUGCGCCUCUCCAUCCCCCAUCUAUCGCAGGCACAUUGCCAUGACAGCCAAUCAGCGCCAAGGUGUCUUGCAAUCUUGAUUGUGGAUUGUACCUAAAAGGCAGUACGUGAACAAAAACUGUAAGAGAAUGCCAGGACCCCAUAGAAAAAGAGUGUAUAAAACUCCCUAAUCCUAAAAGGCUUUUAUUCUUCAUUUAACCAAAAAACCCCACAAACCAAUAUUUUUAAAAAGAGUUCCAAAACCGUUCCAGGAAUUGUAGGGAGAGGUGGAUGGAUGAUUUCUGAGAUCCUUGGAAGAUGAAGGUGGUAUAUAAAUUUAUAAAUUAAAAAAUAAAUAGAUGAUAGAUAGAUAGAUGAUAGAAUGUCUUGAGGGCCAGUUCCUCCACAACUUGGGCGCCAGUUUUUCAGUGGUACGUUUUGUAUUUAGUCUGGAAAGGGCGCUUUCAAACCACUUCCUUCCGCUCUUCAAAUGUUGCGUUUGUCUUCAUUCUUAGACUAGUGUCCCUUGCAAGCUAUGACUGGGGCUACCCUUUGUUCUGAGGCUGGCUUCCCCAACCUGGUGCCCCCCAGAAGUUGUCAGACUCCCAUCAGCCCUAGCCUGCAUGGCUAAACGUUGGGGAUGACAGAGACUGCAGUCCAGCAGCUUCUGGAGGGCAUCAGCUUGAGGAAGGCUGUUCUGAUCUAUUCCACCUCCUGGAAAAAAGGACUGCCUGUCCCCCUCCCCAUCUUUUAUAUAGCUAUCUCCAGGGCUUAGGGUGGGCUUCAUCCCUGAGGAAGAGCCGGUAAUUCAGGUGCUGGUUUCCUCUGUAGUCAUGUCUUUACUGUGAGCCUGCAUUGCAGUAGUAUUUCUAUAUUCUUGAAUGCUCUUCUUGCUGCAGAGGCCACACCCUUAUGCUACAAACCCUUCCCUCUCUCAUUGCAUGUUUCUGUAGAUCAGGGUUUCCCAAACAUGGGUCUCCAGCUGUUCUUAGACUACAACUUCCAUCAUCCCUAGCUAGCAGGACCCGUGUUCAGGGAUGAUGGGCACUGCAGUCCGAAAACAACUGGAGACCCAAGUUUGGGAAACCCUGCUUUAGAUGUUCAAGAUGGUGGAUCAGCUUGCUUGAGCCUUAAAGGGUUGCCAGUGACAUGGAUCAGAUAGAACUUCCUUCUCCAGCUGAAUGGAGACAGGGCCAUCUGAGAGCUAUCGAUGGAGAGCCUAAGGAGCCACUCCAGAAAAGGGCUGAAACUCACAGCUGCCCAAAUUCCCCAGAGUCUUAAAAACAACUGACUGAGAUUAGGCACUAAGCCCUGCUACUGUCAUACUUCUUUUUCAGUUCAAACUGUAUUCUGGUGAGAACUGAGUUUCCUUGGAUUCCUCACUGAGAAGAUCAGUGAGGCGAACCUUUCUGGAAGACAGGGUUCCCACUGCCACCAGUUGCCUCCUAAAAUGUGCUCACUGAAAUUAUGCGCUUGGUUUACAUUGGACAAAUGCGAGGCCUUGCUAGCCUGCCCACCAUCUCUCAUGAGCCGAGCAUGUACUCCAGACCGCUUCCCAGAAUUCUCAGGGCGAUCCGCUUAGCAUUACAUUAAAUGUAACCCAAUCCAUUUAGCUCACGGGGUCAAGGAGAUGGAUUCUGGAAAGGAGCAGGGGAGCAGCAUUUUCUUUGAGAAACAGAAUAUGGCCUUUCAUAUUUGCCACUCCCCGUGCUUUCCUUUCCCCUCUAAACCCUCCCACCCCUCCAUAUUAGACUGGUAAUAGCAAGAGAUGUUGGAAUAACUGAGGGAGACUUCAUUUAUGCAACUGCGAUGUAGUGCUUCUUCCUUGCACUAGGCAGUCUUCUCCAACCCUGGCAUCCUCUGAAUGUUUUGGACUACAAUACCGAUCAGACCCUGGCUGAUGGGUGUUGUAGUCCAAAACAUUCAGAGGAUAGCAGGAUUGGCAAAGGGUCUGGUUACUGCCCCGAGGUCCCAUGACUAUGCAAAGCCCUAUGCUGUGAAUAUUUUGAAGCACCCUUUAGCGAAUCGCAUGUUGCCCGAGGAAAUUCCUUGCCCCUCACCCACCAAUAAUAAAAAUAAAAAUAAAAUUUUAUUUAUAUCCCGCCCUCCCCAGCCAAAGCCAGGCUCAGAGCGGCUAACAACAGUAAAAUAAUAUAGCAUUCUAAAAUCUAUUCAUUAUAAAAUCAGUUCAAAUCAAAUUAAUGGCAACCAUUGGGCUAGAGUUCUGUGAGGAUUAUAAAGGGCAGCUGUGUGAUUUUCUCCCCACCCCACUGACCUGCAGUCGUUUGCUCCCCAUGCUUGUACCAUUGGCUUGUAUCUCCCUUCCCUCCUUUUCGUUUGGGGUUGUUGUGCAUCCUCACUAUGGCCUUGUAAAAUUUUGUCUUUCUCCUCUCUGUGCACUAGGCUUAAAUGCCUCCUGAGACUCCUUCCUCCCCACCAUCACACACACAAACCCCACCCUACCCCUUCACCACAAUCGCCCGGAUGUUUGUGUGCCGCCCCUUCUGGCUUUCUUCCUCCAAGCCACCCCUCCCCUCCUUCCACCGUUCCUGCUCUCCUUGGCAAGGACUCCACGGCAGUCCCCAACCCCAACCCGGCGGGCACCGAGGAGUGGAACGGCACCCGCAGAGGAACGUCCAGCUGGCUGCACCCUGGUUCUACUGCUACCAUGUCAACCGGCAAGAGAGAGCAGGAAGAAACUCCACGAAUCCGCCAUUUUGCCCCACCCCUUCCCCUCCGCCAGUGCAGGACCUUGGCAGAACUCCUUGUGACUUCCUCCGUUCUCUUUCCUGUGUCUUAACGGGGGCCCUCGACGAAGGUCUUCUGCAGUCUGAAGAUGUCCUUGCUGCCCAUCUCUCUGUCCUACUCCUCCUCUUGGCUUCCUUCCACCGUCUCCCACCAUCCCUCUCCUUGCCUUCUAGCAUAACUCAGAUUUUUCUGCUUCCCAUUUUAGCUCUCUACCUACCCCGCCUUGCCCUUCUCUCUGCCUCCUCCCCCCUCCACUUUUUCUUGAAGCCAGAGCAGAUGGUGGGGAGGCAGGGUAGACAUUGGGAUAUGUGUGUUUCUCACCCCUAGCUUCGGAUGGCAGGGAAAGUUAGGGAGAUGGGCGAAUUGUACUCUGUGCCAGGGAUGAGGAGUGUGUGGCCCUCCUGAUGUUGUUGGGUUCCCCAGCCUUCAUGACCAGGGGUCAGGGAUGAUGGGAGUUGUAGUCCAAUAACCCCCAUCCUUGUUCCGUGCUCUGUUUUCCUUUCCUGUUCAUCUGGUCAAGUCUGGGAUGCUUAAAUGGCAUUUGUAUGCCUGCUGCUGCCGCAGGUAAAGGCCUUGCAGCCACCUUCUCAUAGGGAUUGGGCCUGUCCAGAUGGAGAUGGAAGAAGCUUCAGGCUUGUGUCCAUUCUCCUUGCUGAUAGAUCCUCUUAGCCUAUUCUUGCAGGGUAAAGAAAGAGAAAUGGGGCACAUUGUAUUGAAAAUAAAAAUACUGACGGACAUGCCAGGGCAAAAGUGUGAGAGGCAGAAGCAUGAGAUGUGACUUCCUAAUGAGGACCUUGUUUUAAAUGAGCUGGGCAUAGUCCGUCUCCUGUAUGGCAUGGAGACUUUGGAGGAGGGUAGGCUAGAGGGGCUGCAACUGUCAUGGAUAGCGUUUUCAUGGCCUAUUCAGUACUGGCCCCUCUGAUUAGACUUUUGGUCUGGACUUCCCCUGCCAGUCUAGCACUACAAGACGCCUGCAUUUCAGAAGAAACAGCCUCUCUAGGACUCUGAACUCAGGAACAUUUCCUCACACAGUUCCUUUUUUUUCGCAACAGGAGGGAUAAUCGCAGACAAGGGUGACUCAACUGCCUCUACUUCGUUGCCGCUGCUCUUGUUGUGCGGCGGGGGUGGCAAAACGGGACUGCAUAUUUGCAUCUCUUUUAUUUAUUGUCAUGAAUGUAAAAGAUUUAACCUUGCUGUGGUUUAUCACUGGAGAUCUCAAGGUCCCAGCCAAAUGUCACACACAAACACACACACACAAAAUCCACCCUGAAACCCACACCAAAUGGGUUUGUUUGUAGCAAUUGUAGCUGCUACUUAUUUUAGAAGCCUGGCUAGGCAAGUGGGAGAGAGGGUUGGAACUGCACAUCCUUGUAUAAAAAGGCCGAGUUCUAAGGCUCUUGCAUGCAAGACAGCGAGGAGCAGAGGCAGGCAGAAAUAGAAGGCCUCGGUUUUAAGGUGACAGUAGGUCGGCCCAUUGUGAUGGGGCAUUGGGGAAUAUUUUAAGGGAUGGGGAAGGGAAUUUCUGGUUGGAGCAUGGAAGUGUACAGUGGAAGUGUGGGAGAGACGUGCAGUCCUACAUGUUUAUAUAGAAGCGCGUCUCACUGUGCUCAUUGGCACUUAUUCCCAGGUACAUAAGAUUUCAGCCUUGGUGGCAGCCAUGCCACUGAAUACAUGAGGGUGUAGCUUUGUAGGGAGCUGAGAGAGCCAUUUGGGGUGAGGAGGAGGAGAGAGAGAGUUCCCUUGGGAACUGGGGCGUACAGCGGGACUUGCAGUGUGUUGUCAGAAUUUAUUUUUUCUUUUUUUAAUGAGGUGGGGAUUUAAAUGUAGACUGUGAAAAAGGGCACGUUGUUGGAGAGAAUACCGGAAGGGAUUUGUUGAGUAGAAAGCAAAGUCUGGGGAAGUGUUGGAGAGAAGUCCACUUGCAUGCAGAGCAUUUAUUUUUUGGCCCAUUUUACAUCAUGGAAACCUACAUGGCCAGUAUCGGUCAGGGCCAAAUCCAAAUUGGACAGAGCAAGGACACACACACAGAGCAUUCAUGCAUUUCCACGCACUCUGCGUAUUCACUCACUUCAAAAAACUAUCCUUGUUCUGUCACCCUUCUCCUCCCUCCAUCCCCCCACUUCCCCUGCCUGCCCUCUUGUAGUCAAACAGGCAGGGCUGAGUUGACAACGCAGGAGGACGUUGCUGCCUCCCUAUAUCUUCAUCUUGCUGUGCUUCUUCGCUGAGAAUAGGACCCCCUUUCUCAGCGCACAGUGAAGAAGCCAAGCCGGCGAGUGUUGCAGGAAGAGAGCAAGCUCCCUUUUACGUUGCCAGCUCGGUGGGCCUGGUUCCCCUGCUUCUCAGCUGUUUCACACAGACAAGGGUUGUGGGGAGGUGGUUGGUUGAAACCUAACUUCCCUGUGAUCUCCCUCCCCCUUGUGCUGCUCAACCAAUCCGCAGCGAGCAUCUGAGAGGCAGUGGAAAUGGGGCUGUGGAGGAGGCGGGGAGUAGGACUUGAGGGGGAAGCCGAUUGGCCAAGUGGGAGAGCCUGGCAGGCCGUAUUUGGCCCACAGGCCGAAGUUCUCCACCCCUGGUGCAGAGGGUCUAGCAAUGUCUGAGGGGAAAUCUGGGCGCUGGAAUUUUCUGGGCUCUGAUUUCUAAGGGAGACAGUUAAUUCAUCCCUUGCACUGGUGCUGGACGUAUAACUCCUUUAUGUUUCUGAAGGGGAGUCAGGCGCUUUGAUCCUCCUCCAAGGCAUGCAGGUGUGAGGGAAUUUUUCCCCUUCAGCUCUCCUACCCAUGCAUAGCUUUUGUGGCUGUUUUUGAUGUGAUUUGGUGUUCUCGUGAGUAUAGCUGGCUUUAAAAGAAGACGGCAACUAGAUAACGUUUAUAAAUUAGAAUUAGGGCUAGGUGUUAGGUAAGACGUAUGCACCCUUUUUGCUCCAGCAGCCCAUAACCAUAGAGUGCUGGAACUGAAUCCUAAGAGUAUGCCAUUAUUGCCCUGUUCUGUUAUUUCUGAAGCAGCUGGAGCUGCUGGAGGCAGGAUGCAGGUCAAGGGAGUGCCUGCCCUGGAAAGGAUGCUCUCGGCUGGAACUGUGUGGCAGGACAGUUUGAAGGCUCUUGGGCCUAAAUGCCUCUUGGGGCUCCUUUUGGGAAGUCCUUUGCGGCCACAGCGGAACUUUUUUGCUUUUUUGCCUGUCUGCUUCUGAAAGGGGGCAGCUUAAUGCAUGUCUGGGGCAUGGCAGCUCUUGCCUCCCCAUAAAGGGAGCCGGUAGGGAGAGGUGUAACCAACCCAUCCAGAGGCAGUUGCUAAGAACCUAUUGAUGCUUCUUUUACACCUGGUUGUGGUUCUGCCCUGCACCGAGUGGGGAGGUGAAGUCUGUCCCAGGAUGCUGUGAAGAUGCCUCUGGAGCCCGUCCUGGGAAGCUGCUUCCAGGGCCUCCCCUUAGAGCAACGGAGCCUCGAUCAGCUCUCUGCCAAGCUCUGCAUUUUGCCUUGCACUGGGGCUGUCCACAAGCCUUUUUAAAAAAUAAAAAUAAAAUAGCACUAGCUGGGGGUGCUAAAAGUGUGUUCUACUUUCUGCCUUUGGCGCAUACUUGGUGCUUUCCUUUAAUGUUGUGAACUGAUUUACCUCCAAUUAAAGGCAGAAGGACCUGAUCCCCUUCUUCUCCGUGACUCUUUUCACCAUGCCGCCGCUCUUCUUACUCUUUUAAGAGAAUUUCUGUCUCUUUCCUCCGAGGGCAAAUCUUUAUAGGCUUCUACACGCUGCAAAUGCUCUGUUGUGGAAAGCAGGCAGCAAACUGGCCUUAGGUACGUGUGUAAAGUAUGGAUGAAGCUUGCGUGUGUGUGUGUGUGUGUGUGUGUGUGUGACUGACUGACUGACUAUUAUUAUGGAGCAAGUAAGGGGAAAGGAUUUGCUAUUCCCUGUGCAGUAGCCACCGUGUAUAAAGUCACUCUGUGAAACAAAAGGGGGAAACAGAAGCUUUAAGAAGACCUGUUGUGUUUUUUUUGUUCAGAAUUAUUGCUUACCCAUACAGUCUGAGGUUCAGUGGGUCUGAGAAUCUACACCUCUAAGGGAAAAUGCUGCAUCAGGCAUUUAUAGGAAUAAUAAAAUAUGAAUCGUUGCUGCAGGACAGCAGCAUGCGUGCAAUUCAGCAGUGGACCUGAAUUCAUUCCCACUUUCCAACAUUAUCCCUGAGAAUGCAUGCUCUUUACCACUGAAUCGGAGCAAACAACAAUCCACGGAAAACCUGAAUUGCCGUUUGUUGCAUUUUGGCGAUAAAGAGCGGGUUUUCAUGGUAAAAGUGCCAGGGCAAAAACAAAAAAAAUGGACUCUGACCAUGCGCUUUAUAGUGUGGACCUGGGCCUAGAAAAUGUGAGGCAAAGGUAAGUGUGGAUGAUCCCUGUGUGACCUUUGCUUAAACAUACCUGCGAUUGUGGGAAGCUCUGAAGUUCCUGUGCUGCUUUCAAUUCUGUCCCUUUACAGAUGUAUCCAAAUUCUCUAUUCUCUACUUAAUACAUAUUCCUGUUUGAUGCCAACAUGUGGCUGGCUUGUCAUCCCAUGGAAAUGGUCCCCUUAGCUCAACUCAUAAGGUGACCCAUAUGGUAAAGGUAAAGGGACCCCUGACCAUUAGGUCCAGUCGUGGCCGACUCUGGGGUUGCGGCACACAUCUCACUUUAUUGGCCGAGGGAGCCAGCAUACAGCUUCCGGGUCAUGUGGCCAGCAUGACUAAGCCGCUUCUGGUGAACCAGAGCAGCGCACGGAAACGCCGUAUACCUUCCCGGCGGAGUGGUACCUAUUUAUCUACUUGCACUUUGACGUGCUUUCGAACUGCUAGGUUGGCAGGAGCAGGGACCGAGCAACGGAAGCUCACUCCGUCACGGGGAUUCGAACCGCCAACCUUCUGAUCGGCAAGUCCUAGGCUCUGUGGUUUAACCCAUAUGGUACCUAGGAGGAAAUCUGGAGCAUCCUUUUGAUUCAGGCCAAUGGGCCAUCUAGUCUAGCAUCCUGGUUUCUCAGCAGCCAGUCAGAUUCCUGUGGAAAACCCACAAGCAGGACCCAAGAACAAGGGCACUCUCUCUUCCUGUUUUUCCCCAGCAAUUGGUAUUCAGAAGGAUUACUGCCUCCAGCUGUGGAGGCAGAUCAUAGCUAUUGCGUCUAGUAGCCAUUGAUAGAUUUAUCCUCCAUGAAUUUGUCUAAUCAUCUCUUGAAGCCACCUGCUAUGUGUAUGCAAAUAAUAUAUAAUAAACCUGGCCAAUUUUCCCAUAGCUUCACAGUGUAAUCCUACUUCUACUCAGAAGUAAAGUGCCAUUGACUUCAAUGGGACUUGCUCCUAAGUAAGUGAACAUAGGAUUGCAGUUUUCAGUAGAGUUCCUGUGCGUGCUACCUGGGUAUAAGCCACUUGAACCCAGUGGACCUCACUUCUGAGUUGAGAGGCAUACAACUGUUAGUUCAGUAAAGCAGAGACGAAAAUCAACAUGAAGCUAACAUGAGCUACAAUGGCAGCUAGCUCAAACAUUGCGGAAGGAUUUAAUGAAAUUAUGUGCUUCUAAUCCGAGUACUUAAGAGGUUUGCAUGUAAAAGCCAGAUGGAACUCUUGUGAGCAAAAACAAACAAACCCCUGACAUCUCUUGGGCUAUAAAGCUGGAAAAGAUCAGCUCUUGUCUGUAAAUCCUUAAAUGUGCUGAUGAACAGUACCCAUGCCAUACAUGGGUAUUCUCAAGGCCAAACACAGCUGCAGAAGAAAGACCGAAACCAAUUCCAAAUAAUUAGGACAAAACUGAGCCCCACAUGAAAUGUUACAAAACUCCAGGAGCUUACAAGUAAUGGUCAGAGAGCAUACUUACAGCAAAAACAAUACCUCUUCUUGUACAACCAUGGGGCCCAUUCACCCUCUUUUGUACAGCUACAAUGACAAUGAAAAGAAAGAUUCGUUUGCUGUGGCAUAGCCAGUCAAGAAACUGGUUGCAUUUUUCCUGAGAUUCCUUUGCCCUCUCUAUAGCAGGGGUCUUCCCCUUCUGAAACAAUUGGAGGGGGUGCCUGGGAGUUACUGGGUGAAUGGCUGUGGGCAAUAAAGCCAGUGGGAGUGCCCAAAUCUGUGGGAAUAUUCCACAGAGAGUUAGGUUGGUCCAGUCCUAUAAACUAGAUUCCAAACAGAUCUAUUUAGUUGAAAAGUACAUGAGUGAGGAAUGGGGGGUUGGUAGAUCACGGCCUUCUGAAGGUAAGGAUCUGACCAAGAUAAUUAGUUUUUCACAGCUCCAGCACCUACUCCCAUUUGUUUCCAUACCAUCCAAUAACUACCCAAACUAUAGCCUGCUGCUGUGUGUGUUAAUACUCACAAAAAUGUUCCCGUGAGUGGUAUCAAGUUCUGACCCAGCCCACAAAUACCUUCCUUGGCAUUUAUAGGUGUUGAUGUCCCCACAACACUAAGUUACAUAGUUGGUGAAGACCUCAACGAAAGAUCCAGCUUUCCAAAGAAUCUGCAGUGCAGCCUAGCAGGUGUCCAUAGCCAGGAAAAAACAUUCUGUGGCAUAAACUCUGCUGUAGAGCCUCCGUAUAAGCUACAGCAGGGUUGUAAAAUGUGUGGCCCUCAAAAUGCUGUUUGAGUCAACUCCCAUCAGUCCCAGCCAGCAUGGCCAGGGAUGGUGUUCAGAAGCAUCUGAAGAGUCCCAUCCCUGAGCUAGGGCAUCUUCAUGCAUCUCUUCCAUUCCAUACCUGCAGCAAAACUUAGGCCUGGGGUUGCCAAACUUUUGGGGCAAUUGGACAUGUUUGGUAAUUUGAGAAAGUGCUGCGAGAACCAGUUUCUUUUUAUUCUGUUUGUUAAAUUUGUAUACUUCCCUUCAUCCGAAGAUCUCAGGACGGUUCACGGCAUAAAAAUUCAAAAAUAAAAACACCUAACAAAAAUGAGAUUCCGCAAAAUGGCUGCCAUGCAGGUGCGUUUGUGACAAGACACAAAAUGGUGGUUGCGGCAUAACACAAAAUGGCUGCCACACGUGAAGAGCCGAGACAGGUACACCAAAUUUUGGAGGCAUCUUCCCCCUCACCAUCAAUGGGGAAAAGGCACUUGCAUCAGUCAAUACUUGAUAACAGACGUUUUUUGCACUUCUCCUGUGUUUAGAACGGAAGGGAGGGUUGAUGUCCAAUCUUGUAACAUAGGCAUGUUUAAGGGGGCACAUUCAUUGUAGGAGACGAAGCAGUCCAAACAAGAACUGAGCAGGAACAGUGCAUUGUGGAUUUUUGAGGGGAUAUUUACUGGGGCCUUUUGCAGAUGCCACAUGAUGUCCUGCCGCCCGUGGGCGCUGUGUUGGCAACCCCUGUCUUAGGUCAACUGCAGACUAUAUUUCUGCACAUCUUGGGUCAGUAUUCUUAAAUUAUGUUGGGGCCCUAGGUAAAGGUAAAGGGACCUCUGACCAUUAGGUCCAGUCGUGGCAGACUCUGGGGUUGCAGCGCUCAUCUCGCUUUAUUGGCAUACAGCUUCCGGGUCAUGUGGCCAGCAUGACUAAGCAGCUUCUGGCGAACCAGAGCAGCAUACGGAAACGCCGUUUACCUUCCUGCCGGAGCGGUACCUAUUUAUCUACUUGCACUUUGACAUGCUUUCGAACUGCUAGGUCGGCAGGAGCAGGGACCGAGCAAUGGGAGCUCACCCCGUUGCGGGGAUUCGAACCGCCGACCUUCUGAUCAGCAAGUCCUAGGCUCUGUGGUUUAACCCACAGCACCACCCACGUCCCUACGUUGGGGCCCUAAGUUGCAACAAUACAGUGGUUUGACCAGAUUGUGUAAUGGCCACUUCCUACACGAGAGCCACCUCUCCUUGAAUCACCUCUCCUCGAGCCCUGACAGGUGCCCAUCACUGUGAAUAUUCUGUGCCAGGUGGCUCAGAGCUGCCUUUGUAAUUUCCCACUGGCCCCUUGUGCUGUGCUGUCAGGGACCUGGUAAAAAGUGUAAACGGCUCCCAAGUUGCCCAUUUCAGGUGGCAGCAUUGCCACCACUGAGGAAGCAGACGGCGGUCAUGGAGUUGAAAAGGCCAUUAGGAAUUUUCACCUGCUGUUCAGCUGAAAUCCACUUUUCACCCCCAGUUACAGUUCCUGCCCUCUGGGCAACAGAGAACAAGCCUGCUCCAUCUUCUGCAUGACAUAUCUUCGGAUGUUUGGAGACAGCUAUCAUGUCACUCCUUAACUGUCUCUCCUCUAGGCUAAACAUAGAAAGCUCUUAGUACCAUUUCCCAUAGGCUUUGUUCCCAGAGCUGCGGAUUGUGAGCUGGGGGGUGUGUGUGUAGCGGGGAAGAACUACAAUUCUUCCCUCCCUCCCCCACCAAGCAAGCUUGAUAUUUAGGCUCUUGCAUUAAAAUGAGGCUAGAAUGCUGCCCCCUCCCCAACCUCCUUCAUUAAGAGAUCUAAUUAAUUCUGCUUUCAUGCAAGGCAGCUGGCAAACAAUGGACAUAUUUUCUAGUUACCACUAUAUGCAGGCAAAUCAAGGACACAAACGCAUGAAAAUCAGGACCAUUACAAGGGUUAAUUUGGGAUAGAGAAACUAGGUUCGGAAUAGGGACUAUUAAGAGGCAGGAGACCUUUGGAAAUAUAUAUAUAUAUCCAUGACUAAUAGAUCUAGAUCUGUGGUUCUCAAACUUUUUUAUCGGGGGUACACAUUCAGAAUUAAAAAAUUGCUUGUGCCACACCAUUUAUUUUUUUUACUGAUAAGUAAUACAAACAGAAACUACAACUAGCAGUGCUUGACUUUGAAAAGAUGUCUAUCCGUAUUCUGCAAACCAAGCAAAUAAAUAAAUAAAAUGUUACUAUACUGUACUACACCAUACUAGACUGAAAAGUUCAAAUGUUUCUUCGUCCUUGAAUCUUCCAGCCACAUGGCCACACCAGUGAUCUAGAUCAAGGCUAUUCAUAUCCUGCAGCUUCUUGCUGAACCAGGGUAUCUGGUUUGAAGUUUGGAUUUCAGUGAGUCACAAACUUUCACCGAAGAGAAAAGUAAACUUGACUCACACAGGAGUGAAAAUGUAGAGAUGUUUGCCUGGAUCUUUGCAUGCAGCAAGUAUGAUUUGGUGGUGUCAUUUUUGACAGUGCCGAUUGCCCAUAGGGUAAAAGGAAAAUGGCAGGCAACAGUCUCUUGCCCCCCCCCCAUGGUAAUAAAUCACAGUGUCCUUACGGAAACAUUUCAUUAGCCUUUAUGGAAAACAGACUAGAUAGACCGUUAGUGUGCUCCAGCACGCCUCUUCUGAUAGUCUUCCUUCAGGGUGCAACACACACCUAUUUCCUGCAUAACAACCUCUUCAAGAACGUGGCUUCAUAGUUCUAGCUGCAUAGGAGGAGAACUGUCGCUUCUGAGCAUGUGACAAUCUAAACUUUACUGUAAACCCUCCAGUGUCUUUGAAAUCCUCUCUCUGUGUAUGUGUGUGUUCCUUUUUCUACAUGUGUGUGUGUUCUGAGUGACCAACUUUCCUGGCACAAAGUGCUCACAUUAGAGAUGUGGUCUAUAUGGUGAUUGUGUGUGUAUGUAAUACUGUGUUUUAAUAGUAAUGUUCUGUUUUAAUUGUAACCUGCCCCGGGACGCGUUAGGCUGAAGGGCAGGUAGUAAAUCAUAACAGCCGUAACAACAAUUCUGUUUUAAGUAACAUACCAUUCCAGAAUAAGGCCUUCUAGGUAACAUUUAUUUUGGUGACCGUUCCCAUCACUGAAUCUGUUUUGCAUGAGAGAAAUUGAGAGCAGCGGUGGGCGUAAUUUCUUGCUCACACAGCGGAUAUGCAUGGCUGUGAGGACUUAGUGAUGCUGCGGUAGCUGGGUGGUCACGGCAAACAAUGCCCAUGUUAAUUUUUGCAACUCAGCCAUAACUUCAAUAAAUGUCUCUCACUCACGCACAAGACACACACUGCUUUUCCGUUUGUUCCCAGGCCUAUAUGUGGGCCAUGCCCAUUGUUUGUGUUUAUCUAGGCGUGGAUUCAUGGCAGCGAGAGCAUAUGCCAGCCUCUCUUGUGUGCAAAUGAUGCGUUUGUCUGUUGAGAAGAAGGAGCGCUCUUAAAAAGAGUGUGUUCUUCAGUAUGCAAGUGAAGUUCAGUUUUACACACCCAGCUUUUUUGGGACUGUGCUGUACAGGUUGCUGGUGGGGAAAUCAAUUUAUCCCCCAGCGGAUGGAAACAUAGAAUAGGAUGUGAAGGGAAAGAACAGGCCAAAUCUUUUACUAGUUUUCUCCCCAUUUCACAAUUGUGCAGCCCCCAAUUGCAACCUGAAGUUGGUACAGUCCCAGAAAACCUCUACCACACUUUUCUUCAAAUCAGAGAUAGGAAACGUGUGGCCCUGUUACUCCUGUCAACCCUGACUAUGGUCUGUGCUGGCUGGAGCUGAUUGGAAUUAGAGUGCUUUACCUCUGCUUUACAAUGUACCUUGGUUCUCGAACUUAAUCUGUUCUGGAAGUCUGUUCGACUCCUGAAACCGUUCGAAAAACAAGGCGCAGCUUCCGAUUGGCUGCAGGAGCUUCCUACACUCAAGCAGAAGCCACGUUGGACGUUCGACUUCUGAAAAAUGUUCGAAAACUGGAACACUUACUUCCGGGUUUUCAGCAUUCCAGAGCCGAUUUGUUUGUCAACUAAGCCCUUUAAGAACCAAGGUUCCACUGUAUAUAAUACCUCCAAAUCUGAUUUGCAUUUACAUAGGCUUGUUUUGGUGUAGGCCACCAGCCCAUUUAAUACUGGCAGUUAUUGUUGCCAGACAGGAAAAGGGAGAGAUCCUCUACCUCCGUACUAACAGGUUGCUGUUAAGUUCUGACUCCAAAUCGCAUGGAGCCGUUUCCUUCUGCUCUCUGGACGAAUCACUGUUCACACGCCAUCUCACCAGUUAUUGCCAUUUGUUGUCUUCCUGUCCAGGAUGGCACUGGUGCCCUUCGACGCAGCGGUUCUCUAGGGAAGAUUCGGGAUGUAAUCAGGAGAAGCAGUGAAAUGCUGGUCAAGAAACUGCAGGGGAAUGGCCCGCUGGAGCCAAGGAACACCAAGUAAGAGGCUUGCAUAUUUGUUUGCUUAAAGCAUUUGUACUGUGCCCUUUUUUGUAAAAGGCUCUCAGAGCAGGAAACAAAAAUCCGCGGUAAGAUAAACUUGUUGUGGCUGUUGCAUCUAGCUAGCUGCCAUCUCUAGACCUGCACCCUGCUUUCUUAAAGACCUUUAAAAAAAAAUUGGCUGUACCAUAGUUUGCUGGUUAGGAUUGAAUGGUAAACUGUGGAUUGCCUCAGGAGAGGAGAAGGAGAAUCACUGUGCAUGAGGAGGGAGCAUGCAAGGCUGAGACUUUGUCCCAGGCUUGGAAAUGUUCAUCUGAACCACCUCCAGUCAUUUUUAUUGUCUGUACCACCUUACAUGGGACGUGAGUGGCGCUGUGGGUUAAACCACAGAGCCUAGGACUUGCCGAUCAGAAGGUUGCGGUUCGAAUCCCAGCUAUGGGGUGAGCUCCCAUUGCUCAGUCCCUGCUCCUGCCAACCUAGCAGUUUGAAAGCAUGUCAAAGUGCAAGUAGAUAAAUAGGUACCGCUCCGGUGGGAAGGUAAACGGCGUUUCUUUACACUGCUCUGGUUUGCCAGAAUCGGCUUAGUCAUGCUGGCCACAUGACCCGGAAGCUGUACGCUGGCUCCCUCGGCCAAUAAAGUAAGAUGAGUGCUGCAACCCCAGAGUCGGUCACGACUGGACCUAAUGGUCAGGGGUCCCUUUACCUUUACCACCUUGCAUUACCCUUGAUGAAAGACACUUUAUGUCACAUGAGAAAAGUAUCUUUUCCAAACUUCCUUUCAUCUGAGAAAGGAAGCUGGUAAAGGGCACCUCUAGCUACAGAGGUCACUUUGAGCCUUUAUUGAUAGAGAUUGAUCCAGGAGUGCCCCCCAGACUCCAAACCUAGCUUUUCCAGAGUUGACUGACCCCACCCAAAGUAGGAACCUUUCCAGUUUAGCAGACUCAGGAACCGCUCACCCAUAGUGCCUCCAUCUUGGAAGAGUUCAGACUCAGUUUUUGGCACUCAUCCAGCCCACUGCUGAGUCCAGGCACUGGGCUAGGGCUUGAACAGCAUCUCCUGAGUCAGUUGUUACAAAGAGCUGGGUAUCAUCAGCAUGUUGAGGACACUGAUAUCUAAUUUGAUAUGUGGCAAAGGUAUAUUCUCUGACAUAGAGUGGAAAAAGUUUAGUCAAGCUUUCUUGCCCAAAAUAUUCCCAGAUCAAUGAAAAGAGCAUGCCUGGAGCCAGUGCUAUGGAAACAUCUUUUUCUUUCUUUCUUUUUAGCAUGAAACGGGCAGCAUCACUGAACUACCUGAAUAAAUCCAGUGAGGAUUCCUUCCAGGUGAGAGCACCAUUUGCUAUGUUCCCAAAACAGCAUUAGCUGCAGGUUAUUUUCACUCCUUCUGUCACUGCAAAUGGACAAAAAAAAUAUUCAGGUGCAGGGAAAGAGAGUUAGAUCAGCUAAGGUGAAAAGUAUAACCUGUCAGAAUGUGUAAGUUCCCCGUGGGUAUUGCGUAUCACCACUGGAAGGGAUAUAGUCUGGAUUAAGUGCAGGAAGAAACAUAGUGGUUCAGUUCGCACCUAAUUCUAAGCCAAACUUUGGCUCAUCAGUCAUGCAAGCUCCCAUGGAACUGAUCUAGGCCACUUUGCUCUUCCGGCCAUGCUGCUGCUGAGAAGUAAACCAUGGCUUGGUUUAGUGCAUCAUCCGAACCUGAGCUCAUGCUUUGUCCUCACAGCAGCAGGACUGGAGGAGGAACAAAGUGGGAGCAUUCUUCUCUCUGGGAGUCCACACACUCACAUGUUCAUGUCAAGCCAUGGUUUGGCUUAACAUUACAUGCAAGCCAGGUCACAGAUCUGGAAGUAUGCAUGUGUCUGAAGUAUUUGCUGCUGUAGCAUUUGAGAAGUUCCCCUGGGUAAGCUGGAAAUCAAGUGUGAGGCAAGGAUUUCCCCCUCUUAACUUCUGAAUCAUCACUGUGGGGUGCCUUAAUUAUCACUUCUGCAACAGAAGUGGUGCAGAUUGCAUCUCUCAGGGCUAACAUGCUUGUGCUGUAUUGAGAGAAAUCUGAACACUUGCUGGUUACUUUUCAUGCUUUAACACAAGCUCUUGAUCUUAAUGAAUACAAGAUUGGAAUAUGUAAGUGAAUCUGGGUUUAUUUAUUUUUUUAGGAUUCCCAGGGUCUUCGGGCUGAGAGCAGAGGCCUCAGUGCAAGCAGUGUGGAUCUCCCUUCUCACACCUCCUUGGUCACCUCUAACUGA